UCCGGAUGUUUCUCUCUGUCGAAGUCUGAGAUCUCGGCCAGGAUAUUUAACCUGAUUUCAUGAAUGCAUCUGUAGGAGAGUGUGCACGAGCUUUGGAGUGGAUCGUAUUCUUUGUUUCCAUGCCGACCCCCAGGAUAGUGUGAGUCCGUUGUCUUUGGUGGACUGAAGGCAGAGAGGAAACCAACACUUCUGAGCACUGCGAGAAUGCCUGUGCAUCAGAUAUCGGUUGUGCCUAUCGCCAAGGAGACCGCCAGUAGUAGUCGUAGCUCUAGCAAGACGAGAGACAAGAGUAAAAAGAAUGAGGGUGAGAAGGCACCUGGACGAUCAGGAAGUCGAUCCAGCAAUAUAUCUAAGGCGAGUAGUUCCACACAGGGAGCUGUGCUGAACAGUGUCUCUCAAACAUCAGUUAUACCCUCCUCUCAGGAAAUAUGCAGCUCUAGUGGUCACACUAAACUUGAAGUAGAUGGCUCAGAUCAGACUACACUCGUCAUGCCCAUAAACCCCACCUUCAACUCCGCCCCCAAUGCAAAGCGGCAAGUGAAACGUCGCAUCCGACGACGACGGAGGAGCAGUGGGACCGGGGCAGUUGGGUGUGUCACAGAGUGUGUGGACCAACCGAGAUAUUCACGGUCUCAUAAACAUGUGCACACACACUCAGACUCAUCCUCAGAAGACGAGGAGCGCUGGAGAGAAACUCGCUCAUGGAGCCGUGAAAAAGCAAGACGGAGACGCAGCAGCAGCCGACACAUGCAAGCGCAUUCCUCUGAGACACGAGACGGCACUGAGCUCAUAUCUGUCAACUCAGACGAGGGACAGAAAGAGAACCAGCCGCCACACUGCAAGGAACCCAAUGGCAAGGCCCACAAAAAGUUGUCGUCAAAACGGGAGGAGUGUGGGAGCCAAAACCAGGCAGCCAAUCACAGGAAAAUGAGUGAGCACGGUAGUAGUAGGUGUGGAAGUGAGGAGGAGGAGCCUUUUACGAAGACGUAUGAGGAACGAAGCUCAGCAGAUCCAGAUAUGGCCGUCCCAUCUCCUUAUAAAUGCACAAUAGCCACUAAUCAGAAUGGCACCACUCCACAAGUAUGCACUGAUGAUGAACUAGAGGUGUGCAGGAUCUGUCACUGUGAAGGUGACGAGGAAUGCCCCCUCAUCACUCCCUGUCACUGUACAGGGAGUUUGCGUUUUGUGCACCAGUCAUGUUUGCAUCAGUGGAUCAAGAGCUCCGAUACACGCUGCUGUGAGCUGUGCAAAUAUGACUUCAUCAUGGAAACACAUCUCAAACCUCUGCGCAAGUGGGAGAAGCUACAGAUGUCUACGAGUGAGCGGAGGAAGAUCUUCUGCUCUGUGGCCUUUCACCUGGCGGCCGUAGUGUGUGUCAUCUGGUCUCUCUAUGUUCUGAUUGACCGCACAGCUGAAGAGAUCCGCCAUGGCAAGAACAAUGCGUUGCAGCGUUUGUCCCCUCUCAAUGCCGUAGGGGUGCUGGAGUGGCCGUUCUGGACCAAGUUCAUCGUGGUGGCUGUUGGCUUUGCUGGAGGACUCAUCUUCAUGUACAUUCAGUGCAAAGUCUACCUGCAGCUCUGGAGGAGGCUAAAAGCUUUCAACAGGAUAAUCUUUGUACAGGACUGCCCUGAUACCGCCCGCAACGGAGAUGGCAGGCCGCCCCCCGUCACCCAGAGUAACGGCAAACAUGAGGCAGUGGAGGUUCCUGCACCUCAGACAGAAACAAACACUUUCUGUCCUGUGCCCACAGGAAGUGUAGAGGUGGCCCCGGUUUGACAAUGGGUGGGAAAGACAUGGCUACUUCCUGUCUUUGCUCAGAACUGGGCACGAUGAAUAGUCGGCCCAAAUGGUGAUCUCAAAUGGUGUGUGGCUUACUGCACUACUCUUCAUGGUGCACUUCAGUGGUGAAAGAUUAACUUGAUGGAGUAAGAGAAGUGUAGCCAAGGGCUCCUGGUGUAUCAGAAGUCAUGUGAUUUUACAUACAAAAACAAAAAGCACCUUUUUACAUUUUCACUUUUAUUUAUUUUUGGGAGGAUUCACAGUUCAUCUGCUAAGAAGAUAACAUAAGAAUUUCCUACUGUAUAUAUAUAUAUAUAUAUAUAUACAUACACUGUAUAUAUAUAUAUAUAUAUAUACUUCUUACUGGUCAUAUUUCAUCAGAAUAAGAAAAAUCAUUUUCAACAUGUAUAGCUGAGGUGGUUUAGUUUUUUUCUUAAUUACCAUAACUUCUAAGGAAUUCUCUAUCUGACAUUUAAAUUAGACAGGGGACCAGGGAUAAACUGAGAUGGCGUGACGACAAUAAUUACAGACGUCAGGGAACCAGUCUUGAGAGGAAACCUGAGCAUCAGAUGCGUUGUAAUCCUCUAAAGCUUUGGCUCUCACCUCAACUGACUUGGCACUCUUAGAUCAGGAAUAGAUCUAGAGAAUCAUUAUGCUGAUUUUAUUUAAAGUGUAACUCAAAGGAGUAGUUAAAUUCUUUGAAUGUCCUGAAAGAACCUAAAUGAACCAAAGAUACAAGUGUUGAAAACUAGGAAAGAGACAUGCAUUGGAAGAUAGCUUGUAUACACUGUCGAACUUAGUUUUCAGUAAAGAAUGGUUGUAUAUUGUUGACUUAUUCUGUGACACACAAAGGUAUAUUAUUUUUGACCAAAACAAUAAUGCUAGACCUAUUUUGGUUUAUAGUCUGAUUACAGAUACAGUCGGCAAGGGAGGAACCUCCCACCCAUGGGGGAAAACAAAUCUCAGUUACUAUAGUUAUUAAUUAAUUUCUAUGGGCAAAGAGAAGAAACUGGUGAUUGAGAAAGCCAUUUCUAGAUCUGAAUUAACUAUAUCGAUAGAUACAUUAUAUCCUCCUGAUACUUGAGCGUGACUGCUAUGUGCGUUUUCUAUUUCCCUUUUGUUUGGUUAGUAGCACUUAAUAAACAUGCAAAAUAAUAAUAAUAAUAAUAAUAAUCUACAGCAAAUAAUUUUCCUAAAAAUUGAAUUGAAUUGUGAAAUUAAAAAAAAAUACCAAGCUAUAGAAAGUCAGUUUAUUUAUUUAUAUCAAAUUGUUUAUGUUUCCAGGAAUGUUGGUUAUUCAUGUUUUUGAGACGUUACAGAUAUUACAUGAGAAAUUAGAAUAAUUAAUUCUGAUUCAAAGUAAUGGCCAACAUCAUCCAACCACUGCCAACCAUGCUAAAAUUAUACAUUAUAAAUUCUGAAUCUAAGUACUGAUUACCAUUGUCCCAUGUCUGCCAAACAUGUAGAGUGGUCCAAACAUCAUCUGCAGCCUGAAAUUGAACUUUUGAUUGGAAGUUUGGUUUGAAUGGACUUAGAUGCACAGAGAGCUAUAGGAUACUCCCUUUUUAGUGAAUGACUUAACCUCCAAUGUGCAGUCUGCACUGCUCUCAGAACAGUUCGAAAUGCACCUUAUUUUCAUCCCAACCCCAUAUAAAGCCUCUGAAAGCAAAAAUUGUUCAGCUUUUGGAUGAACCCAUUGAUUCUCAAUGUGAUAAUGCACAGUGAAUAUAGGAUUUCAAAGGGAAAAAAUGCGUUAAAGUACACAUUAGUGUACAUUGUGUUUAGCAGCAUGGCAUUUCGCGAUAAAUCAAAUUUUAAAAAUGGCAUAUCGGAUGAAACUAGAGACUCUAAUCUUUUGACUGAAACAGGUUUCAGUGUAAAAACUUAAUUAGGUUUCUUACCUGAUGUAGUUUUGUUGGCAUUUCUCACAAAGAAAAACUCAGCUGUGGUCAGCGCCUUGUUGUUUGGUCACAUGACUCAGUGCGUGGAAAGUUUAACCCUUAACUGACAGCCCAGAGUCUCCUGAACUGAGAUCAGUCAGUUUAAGUGAAUUUAAAUUAUGCGUGGUGUAUAGCGAAACCAAAAUACAAUGUCCACACAUGUGUACCCAGUGUCACACAAGGAUUAUAUAUAUUGAUCAUCAUCAGCGAACUGUUCUAACAGCUAAUUUUGAUUAUAUGAAUACAACAUUAGGACAUUAGAUCAUACAUGGCAAAACUUGAAGUAGGGAAUGCAGUGUUUUCUGUCAGUGGAACAAAGUCCUUUUCUCACAUUUACUUAUCUAAUUUAUUAAUAAUUCAUUUAUUUUACCUGUUAUAUGCAAACUAAAGUCUGCUGCAAACAUGACAAUCUUAGAUGUAUGAUUCCACAAGCAUCACUUAGCAUCUUGUCACUGAAUUAUUUGUAUUCACUGUAUUCUUUAUUCAGCUGGCUGUCGAAAUGAAAAUACUCUCUAGUGUUAAAAAAAUACUUUUUGGCAACUUUUCAUUUUUUUAAAUAUAGUAAAAUCUAUCAAAAACUUCUCUUGAACAGGUAAUUUUGGUAACUGGAACUUGUUUCACCCAUGUUAAACCACGCCAAUCUGAGUAAGUGAUGUGUUACUGACUGUCUCUUUGCGGUUAUUUUUUCAUUUUG